AUGUUUGACACAAAAAGUAGUGAUUUAAUAAUUAAUGAUUUCAUAAAUGAAGCAGAUGAAUUUAACAAAUUGGAUGAAUCAAGUGAAAGAACGCAACUAUAUCAUGAUGACUUAUAUGACAAUGAUAUAAAAGUAUGUUUACCUGCCAGAAUAGGAUUUUCAAAAUCAUUCAUAUCAAUAAUAGAUGGUAUAAAAUGGGGUUGGGGAUUUACAAAUACACCAAAAGAAGUAUCCAAAUAUUAUAUAAAUGAAAUAUUGUGUGGUUGUAUAUUAUGCUUAACAAUGUUACCUGAAAUGAUAUCUUUUUCUAUGAUAGCUAAAAUUCCACCAUAUAUUGGAUUACAAGGAGCUUCCUUUUUAUGUUUAAUAACAUCUAUUUUUGGAGGUUCUCCUGCAGUUAUUCAUGGAGUAACAGGAGCUUUUGCAUCGGUUUGCUCAAAGUAUUUAAUAGAAAAUGAUCAUAUUGAUUAUUUACCUGAAGGAAUAGAAAAAUUAUAUGUUUGCAUAUUAAUAUGUUCCGUUAUGCUAUUCUUUUUUUCUUUAUUUCAUAUGUCAGCCUUAAUUCAAUUAAUUCCUACACCUGUUUUUAUUGGAUACUGUAAUGGCCUUUCUAUUAUUUUUUUGAUGGCUCAAUUACAUACCUUAAAAAAUCCAUACACCCAUGAAUAUAUUAAGGGAUACUUUUUACUAUUUUUUAUAAUAAUAUGUGCUCUUGUUGUUAUCAUCGUAGAACUUUGGAAAAAAAUACCAAAAGUAGGUCAUAAAAUUCCUUCUACAUUAAUAGCUAUAACAGUUACUAUUUUUGUUGAAUUUGUUAUUCUUAGAAAGAUUUUACAUAACAAUUUUGAGUCAUUUAAAAAUGUUAAGUCAUUUACAGUUGGCGAUAUGUUUUCUUUUACAUUAGACAAAGCAAAACCAACUUUUUUAUUUACAAAUAAGGAAUUAGAUUUUUCAAAAGUUGUUUUUGAUUUAGAUCUUAUUAAGCAAGUCGCAAAUAUGUUCACAGUAUUACUAAUUGAAGUUUUAAUGGUUAGUGAAGUAAUAAAAGAUAUGGGUGGUGCUGAAUGUGACACUAAUGAAACAAUUUUUUCUCUUUUUAUUGGAAAUUUUUUAGCAACAUUAGGAAGUGCAGUAGGUGGUAGUAGUUUGUUGGGAUUAUCAGUUUUAAAUUAUAGAAAUGGAGCAAGAGGUAAGGAGAGUGGAGUUGUUGCAUCUAUUUUAAUAUAUGCCAUAUUGCUUUUUGGUUAUUCUCUAUUAAAUUAUAUUCCGUUAUCUUUUUUAUGUGGAAUUAUGAUAACUGUAUUUAUUCAUUGUUUCAAAUGGUUUUCUAUCCCAAUUGUAUUUUUUACCUUUUGUCCUGGUUAUAUAAGAAAGUGCCAUCCUUGUAUGAGUAGAAAAAUAUCAAGAUGGGAUGCUUUUAUUAUUGUUCUUGUUGUUGUAAGUGUUCCAACUGGAGUUUUCGCAGGAAUUAUUUUAUCCGCUUUGGUAUAUGUAUGGCAAAGUAAAUCAACCUUUAAAUUUGAAAUAUUUUAUGAUAAGGAUACUGAUACUAAAUAUUAUGAAAUUGAAGGUCAUUUAUUUUAUGCUUCUAAAAAAAUGUUUACAAGAUUAUUUAGUUAUGAAAAUGAUAGUCCAACAGUAAAUAUAGUUUUAAAAGGAAAAAGUACCUUAUUUGAUUAUACAGCAAUUGAAGCACUAACAUCUGUUAAGCACAGAUAUAAUAUUAAUAAUAAGCAUGUAACUAUACAUGGUUUAAGUCAUGAAUGUAUAAAAAAAAUAGCAAAGAUGAAUCAUUUAUGUAAACAAAUUGAUGUUGAAUUAGUUAAAGUUGAAACACCAGUUGUUCCAUUACUAUAUAAACCAUUACGAACUAUCUUCCAGAAACAAAAAACAAUAAGAAGAAGAAUGUCAUUAAAAAUGAAAAAAAGAAAAAAAGAAAAUUUAGAUACAAAAAAAUCCCAUGAUGUUGAGCCAUAA